AUGCAGCCCAACCCCAUCUCCUCCCCACCGCCGCCGCCGCAGCCGACCCCUCUUCCGCCGCCCACGGACCCCGACCCGCCGCCCCCGCCCGUGGCUCUCGUCCGCCACUGGCUCCACGCGUCUGCCUCCGCCGCCUCCCCGCCCCCCGCGGCCCUCGACGGCUUCUCCGAUGGGUACCGCUCCCUCGACCUCGUCGGGCGCCGCGAGGUCCUCCGUUCCCUCGCCAUCGACUACGACGUGCCCCGCGCGCGUGUCCGGGACCUCAUGAGACAGUACAUGAGCAUCGCCUCCGCCGAGCCCUCAGGAGGGGAUGACGUGGAGGCGGAGGGGAAGGAGGGCGCCGCGUCGGCGCUGUACCGGAUGGAGCGGGGGCUCCGGGACGCACUCCGGGAGGAGAACGCUCCAGCGCUGCGGGCUCUGGACUCGUACUUGAAGGAGAAGCUAGUGACUUGGCUUAGAACUGCGGCACUGACGCUCCACCAGAUUACCUGGGAUGAUCCUGCCUCCUUGCUAGAGAAGAUUGUGGCAUAUGAAGCCGUGCAUCCAAUCAGGAAUCUGAUGGACUUGAAGAGAAGAUUGGGCAUUGGCCGCCGAUGCUUUGGGUACUUCCAUCCAGCAAUACCAGGGGAGCCCCUGAUUUUCAUUGAAGUUGCUUUACUCAAAGAUAUGGCCGCAUCUAUACAGCCUGGUUUAUCAGGUAUUAAUCUAGGGAAGUUUCUUCUCAAGCGUGUGAUUGACAUGUUGAGAAGAGAUAUGCCAUCAGUACAGAUUUUUGCAACACUUAGCCCAAUCCCUGGUUUCAUUCAAUGGCUUCUUGCUAAGCUGGCCUCCCAAAUAAAAUUAUCAGAGGCAGAGUCACAGGAGGGGAAUUCACUAGGAGCCUGUUCUACUUUCAAAGAAUCCAUCCUUCUUCCUGACGAAGAGAGAAUGAUUCAUGAUGCCAUCGAAGAAGCUGAUGGAAAUCAAGGGAUUGAACUAUUGCAAGAUAUACUGAAAUCAAGACAGUGGGUAAAGUCUGGCAAAUUAUCUUCUGCAUUAAAACCGCCUCUUAUGCGUUUAUGUGCAAGGUAUCUUGCCAGAGAGAAGAAGCGAGGAAAAGCUCUAGAUGCUGUUGCAAAUUUUCACUUGCAAAAUGGAGCAAUGAUUGAGAGAAUAAACUGGAUGGCCGACCAGUCAGAGAAGGGCAUUCAACAAAGUGGAGGUAUCAUGGUCAAUUAUCUUUACAGGUUAGAGAACAUAGAAGAAUUUGUUACUGCUAUUUUUGUCAUCCUGCUUUUGUAUCACAUUGAGAAUUCUGUAGUAGCUGAAGGAUUUAUGAGACAACAUUUCUGGAACGGACUUUGCUUCCUGAGGUGUUUUAUCUGUCAUUGGAUACUUUGA